AUGUUCAUGAACAAGGACCUUGCGGAGUUGAUAAUGGCCAUGCGCGAAGACUAUGGCAGCAUUCAUGUUGUGCCAGGCAUCAUGGGAGGACCUCCCAUGUUGAGUACACACAAUCCCAAGGACUUCGAGGUAGUAUUCCGGCACGAGGGCACGUGGCCAAAUCGGCCUGGCGCCGACGCUCUUUUGUACCAUCGGCAGACGCACAGAAAGGAUUUCUUUCAGGGCGUCGAGGGCGUCGCACCCACCCAAGGAAAGGCGCGGGGCGACUUUCGAUCGGCUGUAAAUCCAGUCCUCAUGCAGCCCAAGAACGCGAGGCUUUACUACAAGAAAAUGUCCCAGGUCAAUCAGGAAUUUGCGCAGCGGUAG